UCCUCCUCUUCUGUUCCACUCACAUGUGUGCAGCCUCGUUGGCAGGAGACUUGCAAGGAGAGGGAAACUCUCCAAUUACACCUUUUUUUUUUUUUUUUGGGUGAAAAUAAUAUUAAUAAUAAUAAUAGCCUGUCACGUUCAUGCAAGCGGUGACUGUUAACCGGAAGGAAGUGCUUUCACUUUGGGCUUGUUUGGCUGCAGAAUAUAACUUAACAUUUUUAUUUUUUAUCUAUUUAUUUUUUUAAUCACUUUUUGUCGAGGAGGUGCAGGAGCAACAAUUUUAUGGGGAGGAAAAAAAUUAUACAUUUUUGAGACUACAACUUCCUAUUGAGAAGAAUGAAUUUGGGAUAAAAUCACUUUUUUUUUGUUGUUUUUUUUGGGGGGGAGAUUUUUAACUUCAAUAAAAAGGAGGAGAAAGAGAAAGAAAAGAAAAAAAGCCUGGACAUUAUUUUUAUUUUUUUAAUUAGAUUUUUUUUUCUCUGAUGGACAUCUUGGCUUAUAGAUCGGAAGAGAACAGUUACAAUAUCCUCCCAUCGGCGGCAACCAUGCUCUUCCACGGCCUGCCCGGAGGGGACGUGCACGGCGUGAUGGAGGAGGUGGACCGGAGGGGGAAGAGCGAGUCGGCGGCCAUCAGCUCCGCGAUCGACAUGGGGGACACGGAGACGGCCGUGCCUUGCAUGACCACGGAGCGGGUGGCCCUGUGCGCCGGCUGCGGCAGGAAGAUCUCGGACAGGUACUACCUGCUGGCCGUGGACAAGCAAUGGCACAUGCGCUGUUUGAAGUGCUGCGAGUGCAAACUCAACCUGGAGUCCGAGCUCACCUGCUUCAGCAAGGACGGAAGUAUUUACUGCAAGGAGGACUACUACAGAAGAUUUUCGGUGCAGAGAUGCGCUCGGUGCCACUUGGGCAUCUCGGCCUCUGAGAUGGUGAUGCGGGCCCGGGACCUGGUCUACCACCUGAACUGCUUCACCUGCUCCACCUGCAGCAAGAUGCUGACCACCGGGGACCACUUUGGCAUGAAGGACAGUCUGGUGUACUGCCGGCUGCACUUUGAGACUCUCGUCCAGGGGGACUACCAGGCGCACUUUAACCACACGGACGUGCCGGCCCCGCACAAAGGCUUGGGCCCGGCCAACACGCUCGGACUAUCCUACUUUAACGGCGUGGGGACGGUACAGAAAGGCCGGCCCAGGAAGCGGAAAAGCCCCGGGCCCGGGUCGGAGCUGGCGGCUUACAACGCAGCGCUGAGCUGCAACGAGAAUGACAGCGAGUCCAUGGACCGGGACUCGCAGUACAGCUCCAGUCAGAAGACCAAGCGCAUGCGUACGUCCUUCAAGCACCACCAGCUCAGGACCAUGAAGUCCUACUUUGCAAUCAACCACAACCCAGACGCCAAGGACCUCAAGCAGCUGGCCCAGAAGACCGGGCUCACCAAGCGGGUCUUACAGGUGUGGUUCCAGAAUGCUCGGGCCAAAUUCCGAAGGAAUCUUCUGCGACAAGAAAGCACGGGUGCAGACAAGACGUCCGACGGCUCCACGCUACAGGGCGGGACGCCAUCCGGCCCCGCCUCCGAGCUCUCCAACGCCUCCAUGAGCCCCUCCAGCACGCCCACCACCCUGACAGACUUGACCAACCCCAGCAUGCCCACGGUCACCUCUGUGCUCAGCUCGGUGGCGGGCAGCCUGGACGUCCACGAGUGCCGCAGCCCGUCACAGACCACACUGACCAGCCUUUUCUGACCCACCCGAUGAGCGCCUGUCCGCCACACCUGCUGAGUUCGCUCCUCCCCGCGUGAACGUGCGCGUCUUGUUCGCUCGAGGACCGUUGGCCCCACGCAAAGGAACUCUCCUCAUUGUUUAAGUGUCGUCAUCUUGUUGAGAACCGAGCAGACUCGACUUGCAUUUUUCAAUGUUUACAGAAAGAGACUACAAUAAAAUAAGAUUACUCUUUUGGAAUUGUUUUUUCCAGCACAGUAUUUAUGUUGUUGUACAAGAGUUGUUGUUAGAUGGAUUGUAACUUUUUUCUUUGGGGAAAUCUGAGA